UUUUUCAUUGCAGGGUUGCGGGGAAUGAUCGAAUCGCUGUGUGUUGUGUGAUUCGUUAACGCGCGAGAAGCAUUGGAAGAUCAAGUCUUAGUGUGGAGAUGGAGGACUGCAAACCGCAGAUGAAGGACAAAUCUGGAUGGGCGAGAGAGCGAAGGAAGCAGGCGAGGAUAGAAGGCAGGCCGUACGUGAACAGCAAAGGGAAGCUUGUGGAGGCGCGUCAGAUGGGCUCUGACUGCGGCUGCCGUCGGAAGUGUUUCGCCAAGGUGCCCUUGACUGUGCGAGCCGCCAUUUUUAACGAGUUUUACCGCCUCGGCAGCUACGACGAACAAAACGCCUACCUGUACAAAUUGAUUCGUCGAGGGAAACCGUCUCGACAGCGAGGAAAGGACCCGGCGAAGGCGCGAGGCAACUCGUAUCAGUACUUUGUUGGCGUUCACGGUGUAGACGUGCAGGUUUGUCGGGAAGCAUUCGCGCACAUCCACGCUGUGUCAGCGCAUAAAAUCCGGAUUCUCUGUCGUAAAAUGGAAAGGAAUGUGGCGUAUCCGAGGGACGAACGAGGAAAACACGACAACCGGAAGAAGACCCCAUCAGAAACGCUGAACAAGAUCAGAAGUCACAUCCGGUCGUUGGUGGAAUCCGGUCGACUGCAAGAAUUUGUUCGGGAACCCGCGGGUGCGGGGAUGAACAUUUGCAAGAUGUGGAAGGAUUUCUUGAAACAUUAUGACGCACGAUUUGCUGAAUACGUGAUUAGCAAAAAGUCUUGGAUCACUUUGAAGACUGGCGAGAUUGUCGAUCCGUUGGCCAAGCACUGGAUUUAUUCGAAGGUGUUCCACGAAGAGUUCGAAGAAGAUGUGAACAAAGCUUUGUCGCAGGAAGCAGAGCAAUUUCCGCUUCCCGAAGCGGAGGAAAUCUUGGACGACGGCGUGGAAUCAACACAAACCCACGUGGAAGCAUGUGUGUCUGAUGUCCCUUCGAGCAGCAUUGCUCCUGUCAAUUUACUCAUGGAGCCGAGCAUGCAGGCACAAAUUUUGCAAGCAUCUCCAGACCAGUACGUUGUUGUGCCAGUGACGAUCACGCAAAUGCCAUUGUCCUGCUUUGCCAACAUCGUGGUUGCUGACUUUCGACCCUCUUUCAUUGCCUGAGACGAUUGAUCAUAUUGUGUCAGAUUUUUUUUUUCUCGCUGCUCGGUACAAAUUUUAAUGCGUUUCUGGCUUUGUUGGCAAGGCUGCGUAAUUUACCGAUGCGUGGAUAUGAUCUCCUCACGUAGGCACUAAAGGUUGAGCACAAGCAGAACAACCAUUCGCCUUGUUGGUAUAUUUCUCAGAGCCCUGGUUUUUCUUUUUGUGGUACGUGAGCGUGAGUUUCAGUGAAAGACGAUUUUUCGUGCAUUUAAAAUGUCAAAAUGAAAGUAGGCUCCCUUCUUGUCAAUGGGGAAUCCAAGUAUGGCACGCUUAUUGUUGUUGAAAAAGGUGAGGGGAUUUUCACUUUUUUUUUCCUUGUGUAGUGGCUUUGAAUGCUGCUUUUCUGUGCUUUUUUCAGUCAGUAAUGAAAUUGUAGGAGGCUGGUGGAGAGAAGUAAUUCUUGAAUCUUCAUACUGAAGAGGGAAGUUUUGAAUCCGAAAAUCAUUGAAAUUUGACACUGGCGUCUAGUAUCCGUGCAGUUCUCUGAAAAAAAUUCUGUAAAUUAUUGAAGAUAGUAGAAACAGAAAGAAAAAUUGUCUUGUGUGAAUCCAUCUGGACGUACAGGAAGCGUAAACGAUGUUUUUCCUCUGUAAGAACUGAGAUGUCGUUUAAAGGAUAGUGAGACCGACAUGUCUUCUGAUGUGGAAGACCUCUGGGAAUAAAAGAUAGUGAGAGCGGGAAACAAGCUUGCAAUCAUGUCUUCCAUGAGAUUUGCGAAAGAAAGAAAUCGUUCAGAUGAUGAACGCGUAGUUGAGCGGGGGAGGUUUUGAGUAUUAUUUACGGUGCAGUGUUAUCGAGUCGUUAGAAGAGUGAGAUUUCGCAACCUCAUUGAUUCUUUUUUUGAGUACCAAAAUUGUUUCGAGUCAUUGCAUGAUCUCAGUGUUGCGUUGGACCUUGUUUGCUUCGCAGUGUAGUAGAACUCCGUGUGCUGCUUUUUUUUUAACGUUGUGUAUCGUGAUGUGAAACGGAAGUAAACAUGGAAAUGUAAGGCCAUGGAUUUUCAUUUUGCUGCCGUCUAUUCCAGUGGCCCCUGACCUUUUCAGGCCUGUGGACUGGCAAACUUUCAUGAAAUUGUUUGCAGACUGGCAGAUUUCCGAAACAUUCUUCUGCAGACUGAACCAAAUGAAGCAACUAUGGUGUCAUGUCUUCAAAAAAUUACAAAG